AUGCUCUUCAACGUCGAUCCACCAGACCACCACCAAUCAAUCACACCAGAUAUGGCGAAGAGGUCGCGCGAAGAGUCCAUUGAUGAGCAGGCCGCUAUGCGCACGCCCAAGAAGAUCAAGAAGAAUCCUCAAGCCUCACUACUCGGGCUUCCCGGCGAGCUUAGGAACCGCAUCUACAGAUAUGCGCUCCUCGAAGAAGACUUCUUUGUCUAUUCGGGGGCUGCCAAUUGGGGCAACCUGAAAAAGUGGAUGCAACAGGUGCACUUGGGCCACUUGAAGAGGGAGCCAUACGGGCUUUUGGAUCACAGCGGCUGCCCGAACAUACACGUUGUGGAGAUGGCGACAGGCAUUGUGAUGAAGGCAAGGGCCCUGCCGUGGGACGAGGUUGAGCCAAUCCUGGACAUCUUCAAGCAGGGCAUCAGUAUUGGCAACAGUGGAUUCUGGGAGGAUGACGAGUAA